AUGACUUUGAUAAGGAAAGUGAAGAAGAAUGUUUUACAAACAUUCAGGGAAUUAUAUAAUCGAGGAAAACAACUAAACAUACACAAAACAACAUUUUUAAGUCAAACAUAUGAAAAAAAUUGUUGGAGAAAAACAAGACUUCGAGAAGAAAAAGUGUAUCAUAAAAAAUACAAAUUUUUAAAACAUGCUUAUGAUGUAGUAAAUUAUGGAAUUGAUAAAAAAUUAAAAUUUCAAAUUGAGGAAAAAAAUAUAAUUGAAGAAGACUCAUAUUUACCUGACCAAGCCAAUAUUAUACAAAAUGAAAAAAGCAUUAAAAAAAAUGUUAAUCAUAUUGAUAAUGAAAGAAAAGAUAUUUUAAAUUAUUUAGAAAAUAUGAACAGUAAAUAUAAUAAAAAUUAUAAACAAAUUUCACAAUUAUAUUAUAAUGUAAUGAAUAAAAAUAUUAUAUUAAAAAAAAACGAAUUUUUAAAAAAAUAUAAAAAUUUAUAUAACCCGACAGAUCUAACUAUAAUUUAUUAUUAUUUAAAGAAAUUUCAAUUAUUGACUAAUAAAAAAAAAAAGUUAACUAAUAAAAUUCAAAUAUUAAAUUCACGAAAAAAUAUAUUUGACAAAGUUAAUUAUUCAUUCUCAUUACGUAAGUUAGAAGAUAUGUUUUAUACCCAUGGUAAAAAGAUAAAUGUCUUAUAA